GUUCAAUCGGCUAGGAGGAGGGACCUAGUCGAGAGCUACGUGUGAAACGCGUUGAAUUGAAAUUGUCUACGCAAAUAUCAAUUGCCAUUUUUACCUGGAAACACACAGACCGUCGCCCGAGGAGCGUUUGUUGACAUAGUAAUUGUUUGAUUCAACGUUAUGUUGGCCGUAACCUUGUUAAGACCGUAGAUUCAACGCAGAGCAUACGAACGUUACAGUAGCUGGACAUCCACCACAGCAGUCGUGAACUGAUUCAAGACGCCCUAAACUGAGCGGCUUUGGCGUUUUGCGUAAUUUUUUUUAACUGGUCAGUUUUUUUCCAUUGGUAUCGAAGCAAUAUUUUCUCUAUUCGCAGUACAGAAGAUUCCAACAUAAAGAAGAUAUCGGAGUCAAGAUCGAUUGGAUAUCCAUGAGCUCUGACUUCCAGCACUACAGUUUCAGGAUGCCUAAUAUAGGGUUCCAGAACCUUCCCCUCAACAUCUACAUUGUGGUGUUUGGGACGGCCAUCUUUGUUUUCAUCCUCAGCCUCCUCUUUUGCUGCUACCUGAUCAGGUUACGGCAUCAGGCACACAAGGAGUUGUACGCGUACAAACAAGUUAUACAGAAAGAAAAAGUGAAAGAGUUAAACUUGCAUGAGAUAUGUGCAGUGUGCUUGGAGGAGUUCAAACAGAAGGAUGAGCUGGGGAUUUGCCCGUGCAAACACGCCUUUCACAGGAAGUGCCUCAUCAAGUGGUUGGAGGUGAGAAAGGUGUGCCCGCUGUGCAACAUGCCCGUCCUGCAGCUCGCCCAGCAGGCGGGCACCUUGGACGCAGCCGUGGCCAUACCGCUGCCUCUGCCCCCGCUGCCUCUGCCCCCGCAGCCUCUGCCAGGCGUGGAGAACUUGGUGUAGCACACACAUACCUACUCCAUCGACACACACACACACUCAACACAGCAGUUUCCUCACCUGUACAGGUACACGUGUAUGUGAGUGUGGUGGGACAUGAGGAGUUGGUGCCGCUCCGCAGACACCCAGCAGCCUGGCAUCUCCCACUCCACGCACUCCCUCUCUGUUCGCUGCCUUUGUACAGUCCCAAAAUCGAAAGAUUUGCUACGACAACUGAUCAUUUUUGGUGUCUUAUUUCGAUGACGUUUUUUUGGGGGGACGAUGAAGGAGAGCUGUCCCAGUUCUGACUGAGGUCACUCUGUUUCCCAACCAAAGCACUUUUCUGGGGACGCCAGCGCAAGACGAAUGAAAGACACAAAAUCAGACGACUAUGACAGUGAAAUGGAAAUGGCUGCAUUUGUUUUGUUUUUUACAUAACUUUUGUUGUUGUUGUUUUUAACAAGCACUUUAUAAGAAGUCAACCUUGAUUGCUUGUGAGGAGAGUAGUAGCAAGGUUAUAUUUUAUUAAGAUUAACUUUCAUUUUUAUUUUAUGUGUACAGAGCCACAUGAAUUUUCAUUUGUAGUUGUGUGGACUUCUUUUUUUUUACUGAGAAAAUAUCUUAAAAGGGACAAUAGCCUCCAAAUCAACAUCUGGAAAUACAUUAGAUGCUUAGAACCUCACCAUCUUAAAGACCAGAUGCCCCUUCACUCUUACCCCCCCUCCCCUUCCUGCACAAAACAAGUCAACUGAUUACUGAAGGUUUGUGUGUGUGUGUGUGUGUGUGUGGAGUGUUCGCGUGUUUUUGUGAGAAGAGCUCUAAGCCUUGUUAACCUCGGGUCAUGGUGCCCACCUCAAUGUGAACAUGGAGGUCAAUGUGCCCAGAAGGCCACUGACAUCUCCCCCCACCCCUUGUUACUCACAGCUCGGUGUGUGUGAGUGUGUCUUUGACAGUGUGGCCACUGUCAUUUCAGUAGAGCCAGGCCAUGGAAUAAUAUGCUAUGAGAAUGAUGAUGUGAGAACCAUGCCAAUCCCCCCCCCUCCCCCUCACUCUAUUGAGACACUAGGAACAGAAUGGCAGCUGCAUCAAUGCUGAUGUUAAACAGCUGGUUAGAAUGAGCUUGGCUCAUCAGAGAAAUGUAACAUUCGUAGACAGUUUGGAAAACCCAUCUGUACUUGGACAGUUCAAACGUUACAGUCCUCUGAAGUUUUUUCAGUUGCCUUUAAAUCUCUGUCCCAUCCAGGACCCUGAUCUCUACACCGUUCUAAAUAUGGGUGCCAUGUUAACAGUAAACACACCCGCUCAUACCAUGUGUGUGUGUGUGUGUGUGUGUGUGAGAGAGUGCUGCACAUCCAAUCCACACGUCAGUCAACACACGCUGGGAGCAUCCUGGCUCCAGUCACUUCCUGUCUUAAUGCAAACAGGAAAUGGAGAAACCCGACACCCUGCGUCUGCGGCACUUCUCGGCCCUGCAGCCAAUCGGCAGCCUUGUUUCAUGUUACGUAAGUGAGGGAUUAGGAUGGCUCCCCGCCACAGUGCUCCUGAAUUGUGAGUCAUGGAUUUAGCAGCCGGUGAAUGUCAGAACCCAUAGUUAAAGGUUGCUUGUUUUGUGAUGCGAUUCAGCGUACAGCCCACUAGCAGAACCUUGAGCUGUUCCACUAGCAGAACCUUGAGCUGUUCCAUUAGCAGAAACACCAGUGUUCCUCUUUGGAUGGGCAGAAAAGGAAAUCACUGAACAAAACUAACUCUUAGUCUUACACCUAAUAAAAGUAUUUUUACAUAUUAUAUGUACAGAGCAGACGUUGCCGAAUGUUGAGAUAGAUCUCUCAGAUCUGAGAUCUCGUCAGGCCCAAGUCUAGAUUUAGUUACCGGAUACCUCGAUUGCACUUAGAAUGUUGUGAGGUCCUGAAGUAAAAAAAAAUAUACAUAUAUAUAAGCCAAACACUAUGCAAAUCAGAAACUAUAUCCUGUGGUUGUUUGUGUCAACUGUGGUGUUGCAUAUCUCGCCAGAAGAAAGCUAAUUGUGUUUUGUGGCUGCCAGCACUGUCAAAGACCAGAGCAAACCAGCUGUUUUACAAUUUCAAUAAAAAUAACAACCCACGAUCAAGGUUCUUAAAAAGGACAAGGUUCUGGCCUUAAGCUUAGUUAUAGCUGAGUAUUCUGACCUUGUACUGUAUGAGUUAGCUGUAUGAGUUAGCUGUUUGUUUGACUGGUCCUAAAACGUGUCAGAAAUCAUGCUGCCCUCAGCAUAUCAUUGUCCCCAGCCCAGCACACCUCUUUGUACUGUUAGUACUGACACAAGGACCCUGCUAAUGACCAGAACACUGGUCUGAACACACACACACACACACAGGGAGAGAUGAACGUGAGGCAAGUUAUAGUGAGGCAGCACUUUCAUUCAUUCUCUCGUCACAAAGUGUAGCUGUUUUAGACCCCUUAUUCUGGGCUUUUCCCUCUCCCUGCAUGUGUUGGUCCUACACAGAGCACUAGGAAACUGGACCCUGCUAUGAAACAGGUCAUCUGUGCGAAUGUCCUCUUGCCCUAAUCCUGACCCAGGCAGGUGCCGGGUGCUAAACUGUGAAGGCCACAGACUAGAUAAAGGUGAGAGGUUAUGGCAAUGAUUAGUGUCACAUAAUAGUCCAAACGACAUUGCAACUUUCUCUAAACGAACUAAGGCCAAAUAUUGGAUUUUUGAACAGGACUGAAUGGUGAUCGAAGCUGUCUUGUUGGUUACUCUCAGAAUGGACAGGGCCUUUUUCAUUACGGCUUUCUCAGUGCUAAGAAUCAUACAGCCAUGAUACCGGACAGUUGUUUUUGUGUUUUAAGAUGGGCAUCACCAAACAGUUUGAUAGCUCAAAUUGCCAGACAACAGUUUGCAGAGUUUCAGAUUAAUAACUCAUUAAACACUUCUACGAAGCCUCAGUGAAAAGACCUGCCCCAACUUUCUGGAACAUCACAUCAUAAAGUAGGGCCUGGUUACAGAUGAACAGUUGUACAGUAGUAUUUGUUCCAAAUGGGUGAAAAAAUAGAACAAAUUUAGCAGGGAAGUGGAUUUUUUUUUUUUACUUUACUUUUUCUUUCCUUAUGUGUGUGUUGUAUGUCAAUGUUUGUGAUGAAACAGUCCUGUAGUUGACCGGAGAAUGGAGUUUAAAAAGAAAAAAGUUUGAAGGCACUCAACGUUGUUUGUAUGUGUGAGUGACUUACCGGUUAACUAUGUUUCAGUAGAGUUGUAUCUCUGCCAUACUAUUUAUCACUAAGUAUAUUGCAUAUUUGAUUGAACAAACAGACUGAUAUUUAUUGUCCAUUCCCUAGCCCACCUGUAAAGCAGUGUACAGUAUUUGGACUGACAACCCUGCCACCUUCUAAACCUGAACACAGCAAGUCUUAAAGCUCCGCCCCAAACUCAAGGUUCUGCAACUGAAUGUACAGUUAGGAUAGGAUGUGCAGUUGAAACAGGCGGGUUGAAAUGUGAAUUGCAUGCAUGUGAUUUUGACAACUACUGAAGUCCCAGUUGUUGUUAAAAAGAGAGUCAUGGCAGUGACAUAUUUACCCUGGAUGAGUUAGAUUGCUCUUCUGCCUAAAAAUACUCUGCAUCAGAUCCCCUGCUGCCAUUGCUCAUUGAAGAUUUGUAAUGAAGGAGGGUGGAUUUUAAAGGCUUUCUUCGAGUCGAAAUAACAUGUAUUUGUCGAAACCAUGUAUUCUCCAGUUCCUUCAUCUGUAGCACAUGCCACUUCUCGGAAGGAGCUAGGAAAAAGCAUAGACAACUUCUGUUAAAAAUGAGUUUAAGCAGUUACAGUGAGCCAGCCUGAAUCACGAUCAAUCAAAAUGAUUAGAAACAACCAGUAAUGAACAUGGCAGCCUUGGAGUUGCAGUUCCAUACACUAAUGUUUCAGUGUUAAGGUCCUUGAUUACAAAAUGUUCAGAGGUCCUGUAACGAUCAAACCAGGAGCAGAAGAAGGCAUAGCUGGCAUAUCGCGGACUUACAGGAAACGGCAUGCAGAGGAGGCGAGCUGGGUUUUACUGACAACAUUUAACAACUACGUCAAGCCCCUGCAUAUCACUGCCUCUCUCAACCCUGUGUUGAGUUGGUGUGUGCUUUUGUACUGUAUUCCUGCUCUAACACCCCGCCCCCCCUCGUGAAGCAUCUUCCAUCAUUAUUGUUCCUUAUGACCCCCCCCCCCCCCCCACCUCCGAUACCCCAGUCCCCCCCCCCCAUUCCCUACCUGCACCGUGACAUCUGCGUUAACACUGAUGACGUUUGUGGACUCCUACAAACAUGUUUGUAAAACUAAGAAUUCUGCAGCAGAAUAUUUUUGGAGACUAUUUGCUGUACAGUAUUUGUAAGCUCUAUUUUUGUAUAUUUAAUUGCUAUUUUUGAGGAGAUAAAUAAAGAGAUGCUUUUUUUUUUUUUUUGCUAAUUUCAUGUUUAUUCAUUUUAAAAGAAAUUGUUGCAUGUGACUGACUUGAACUGUAAAUAAAAUUACCAAGUUUUGGACAUAA